AUAUGCGCCAGUGAAAGAACGCGAGUGCACACAUCGAUUCCGCGUCCAAAUCCUGCACGAAGCCAAAUAGUAUUGCUGCUGCGAUAUGCGGCCCUAUAUCGACACUUUUCAAGAUUGCCUGCUUUACUUUUGACAUCGAGUGCGUAUACAUAUCGUGCCACAAUGCAAACGUAACGCCUAUUAAUAACAGACGCGCUACAAGUAAUUAUUAAAAAAUCACACACAAUACAACGACUUCAUGGCAUUGUUCGACAUCAAAAGAGUUGAAAGAACACGGCGAAAUUGAUUCGAGUAUUACAUGUGGGCUCGCGACUAUUGUAGGAUUUUUCAACUGGUAUGUGUAUAGUCGUCCUGCCUGCAGCGGAGUGCAACAAGCGAAACGACGCAGACAGCAGCACAUUAUAUAGCUAUGUGCCGAUCAUCAUCGCGUUGUAUACAACUCUUUAUAAUAGUUAGCAGACACGUCAGCCAAGAUCUAAUCUGCUGCUGCGCGGAUUCACCGAACUGCGAUCUUGCUCUCUCGUAGCAACACAUUUCAUUUAUCUGACACAGUAUAGCAUAUAUGGAUGUACCUGUGUGCGUGUGUAACUGUGUAGUGUAACUUGUAAUAGUAGAAGCUGUGGCCAGCAGCAGCAUCACUUUCACACAAGUGCGCGACAGUUGGCCUGGUCUUUGCAGGGCAAAAAAUAAUACGUAUCAUUCUUAUUUCUUUUACGCCUCUUUUCCUGCCCUCAGCAGAUUACAUGUAGUACUAAUACUACAAAUAUUUGCAUUGACCUGCCACAGGAUCGUAAACACAAAACCAUUAGCUAUUGUAUUAUCAUAAUAAUUACCAUGAUCAUCCGUUCUGCACUAUCAAACGAUGCUGCAGUUCUUUAAGAAAGCUGGAGUUAAAGAUAAGCUCAAACUAUCACACAACUCACCUGCAAAAUCUACGAGCCCAGUUGAAUCUAAUAGAGAUGAAUUUGUGGGUUCUCCAACUGGAGUUAAGUCAAAUUCAUUAUGCAGCUUCCAGGAGGAAGAGGAAGAAGAUGUAUUCACAUCAAACAAAAACCAAAUCAACUGUUUUCGCUCAAGCUUAUCAAAAACUUUACCAGAAAUCUUAGCCGAUAAAAGUGCACUUGGAUAUUUUAUUCAAUUUAUGGAAGCUCAAAAACAAGAUGCACUAAUUAAAUUUUUGAUUGAAAUUGAGUGUCUUCAUAGUGCUUACUCUAUACAAGCAUUCACUAGUACUGAAGAAAAUUUAAACAAAGAGUCUAAUGAAUCCAAAUGUGAUCCUGCAAUCAAUGAUAACCAUUCUUGUAAAGCAAUGUCCAAGGACAAUGAAGAUAAGGAGCUUCCUGACUUAUCACUAAGCGACUGUAUAAAUAAUGCCAAGCAUAAUUUUAUGGAAAAUCAAAUGAGCAAGGAGGAAUCAAAUUUCAAUUUGCCAAAGAAUAAUCCUAUAGUAAACAAUGAAAGCAAAAAUAAUUGCAAUCAUAGCUCCUGCAAAUGUUCAUCAAUGUAUGUAGAUUCUGCACGUAUUUACAAAAAAUAUAUCAUAAAUAAUUUUUUUGGACUUGAUUGCCUUUCUGAAGAUUUGAUUAAAAAUUUAGAAACUGCUAUAAGUAGUAAAGAUUCUAAAUUAAUUGUUAAAUAUUUAACUGACAUACAGAGAACAGUUUAUACAAUUUUAAAUGACGAGUAUGUGAAUGAAUUUUUAAAGAGUGAAUUUCAUUGUAAACAUCAAAUUGAUGUUCUUACUAGUGGAAAUGUAUUAUUAGAUGACAUAUUGUACAAUGAAACUGCUUUUUUUUAUUUCAUGGAGUUUAUGGAACUAGAAAACAAAAGAGAAUUGCUAGAUUUUUGGAUGACAGUUAUAAGUUAUAAGCAAAAUUCAGAAGAUAGAGAAACACAAGUAGACCCAGCAGUGGCCCAAUCGGAUGCUCUCAUAAUAUAUAACAAGUAUUUUAGUUUGCAAGCAAAAGUACCUUUAGGUUUUAGUGAUAGAGUUCGCUUCGAAGUCGAGCAAAACAUUUGCAGAGAAGAUGGAAAAGCUCCUCAAACUGACUGUUUUGAUCGUCCAUGUCAAUUAGUUUAUAAUUUUUUGAAAAGACAUUACCUCCCUACCUUUCUACAAUCUCAAUUAUUUUAUAAGUAUUUGUCUGAAUUAAUCAAUAGCGCUCACAAUAGUCACUGUAUGUCAGUUCAUAAUUCUUUAGGAAGAACAGAAUCUGAAUGCAGUAGUGAAAUAAGUUCUAUAAGUAAUUUGACGAGCCCUACUAAAGAAAGCAAACAAAAUAAAAAAUCAAAGUACGACACUUCUCUAAAUGGAGGUAUGAAUAUUGAUUCCAAGCAAUUGAAUGAUCCCGAUUCUUUAUGGAAGAGGAGCAAAAGCAGUUUAAGUGUGGGUUACGUGGAUAAUUUAGGAAGAUUUGUCACUGAAAUAGAACCAGAUCCAUAUCGUAAAAAUGACAAACAAUCAAGAAUAUCUCGUGCUGUCAAGAGACUAGUGAAUAUAGAGCAGGAUGAAGUUAAAGAAGAAUCGGCAUGGAAAAUCGCAGAAAUGAUUGUUCGUGAUGUGACGUCUUUAACUCUAGGAAGUAACGAUCUUUCGCCUUUAUGAUUUCAUUUAAGUCGAAAAAUAAGUCUCUAUUCUAUAAAAAUCGUUGUAAAAUAUGUUACAUUUAAUAUUGAAGCCUAAAAUUGCCUUUAAGAAGUUGUUGAGCAUUUGUUGUAAAACAUUGAAUCUCAUGUUACGAGUGUUCAUGUAUAUGUAAGUCAAGAUUUAGGCUCUGGCAAAUAUUUUACUAUUGCAGUUAACAUUUUUUUAAGAAUUUUGAAUGAAUAUGUUUAGAAAUAAUAAAUGUGAAAUUAAGUUUGUUACGGUUGUACAUAUUUGAGCACAAAUCAAUGAUUUAUAAGAGAAUUUUUCCAUGUUCUAUAUGGAUAAUUUGUAGUAUUGGAUAUGUGAUUAGUUUGGGAGUUUUUGUUAUUUUCUAUGAAAUGAGUUUCACACGACAUUGAGAUUAUUAUAAAGUAUUCAUUUUUUAAUGUCAAUUUAUUAUUCGAAAUUUUUCUAGUAUAAAGAGUAUUAAAAUACUAUUUGUGCAGACUAAUUUGUGCACACAUUGUAAUACAUGUAAAAGUUGUUACAAGUAUCCUAUGGUUUUUUGUUAUAAAAAAAGAUAUUUUUUAAAUGCAUUAUACACAUUAAGUAUGAUCAAAACUGUAUUUUUGUGAUUCUGUUAUCGUUUUUUCGAAAAGAUUUCUCUCAAAGAAUAAACUUCAAAAAAUCAUUAACCACGACUUACUGCGAAUAAAGUGGAAAAAAGAAAAUUAGUUACUAUAGUAUGUUACAAUAUUGUAGAGUACAAGAUAUUGCACGUAAAAAAGAGAUUUAAUAUUAUAGAGUGUCUAUUUUACUAAAAAAGUUACAUUUUUAUACAUGGUGCUAAAAUAAAUAUACAUUUUAAUACGAAUGUUCAGGCGAAGUAUGAAAUUGUUAAGGACUAAAAUGAAUAGUGUUCAAUGUUACAAAAGUUUCGAGCGUAAAAAUGCGUCCACUUGAAAAUAAAAUUAUACGAGUGUUAAUGUAACAUCCAUUUAAAAAGCACAAAUUGGUUAACGAAAGCUGCAUGAAUGUAUAUGUAAAUUGUACAUAAACAAUGGCGACAAAAAAAAAGACGAAAACAAAAAAAUUGUAAAAGAAAUCGAUUGUGUGAUAUGAUUGUUACACGUUGGCCGAAGGGAGAGCAAAAUAAAAGAUUGCUAAAGAUCACCGUAUCUAGUAAAUUGCAAAAUGUCCAACCUUAUUUCUAUAUCGUAGAAAAUUAAUUAGCGACCGAUACUUUUCAUUAAAAUAAGCUAAAAUACCACUUUGUAUCACGGCCAUUAAUAACGCACUCGCGCACUCAUUGACGGAUUCGCACAGACACAUGCACGCGCAAUCUCACAUAAAUU